AUGUGGGGGACCGAGGGGUAUUCAGAGGCGUACGAGGUCGGAUCCAAGAGACCGCGGGUGGUAGACUCAACAAACCCCUACUUCGCAGUGGGCGCCGCCAGCGCAGGGUUCCUCCUACCCUACGGCGGCGGCUACGGUGGCGGGGACAUCAACUAUGGCGCAGCCCUCAGCGGCUACGGCAGCAGCACUGGUAGCAGCAGCAUGUACGCCUUCCCCGUGGUCCGCCUCAGAGGCCUGCCCUUCAACUGCACCGACAUCGACAUCUUCAAGUUCUUCUCCGGCCUGGACGUCCUCGACUGCCUCCUCACCAACAAGAACGGGCGCUUCUCCGGCGAGGCCUUUGUCGUCUUCGCCUCCCCGAUGCAGGCCGAAUUCGCCCUCGAGCGGGACCAGCAGAACAUGGGUCGCAGGUAUGUAGAGGUCUUCCGCUGCAGGAAGCAGGACUAUUACCACGCCGUCGCCGCAGAGGUGAAUUCCCUGGGCAUCGGCGGUGGCGGCGGCGGUGGCGGCACUGGCGGGGAGGGAGACUACUCCCGUGGCGGCCCCUCGUCCAGUGCCAGGGCCCAUGAAGGAAAGGACCAGAUGGAGUACACCGAGGUCCUUAAGCUCAGGGGGCUCCCCUUCUCGGUGACCAAAGCCGACAUCGUCAACUUCUUUGGCGGCGACUUCGGCCUGGCCGAGGACAAUGUCCAUGUCGUUGUGAGGGCCGACGGCAGGGCCACCGGCGAGGCCUUUGUGGAAUUUGCCUCGGCAGAGGAGGCCAAGAGGGCGAUGGGCAAGGACAGGAUGACGAUCGGGCCGAGGUAUGUGGAGCUCUUCCCUUCUACCCCUGAGGAAGCCCGGAGGGCUGAGGCCAGGUCUAGGCCAUGA